AUUGAUGAAAAAGAAAAGGAGAUUAAAGACUUCAAGAAGGAAGUAAAGAAAGCUAAAAAAGCUUUCAAAGACACCAAUGCUGCUAAAGAUAAAAUUAUUUUGAAUCGUAAGAAAAAGCGAUUGGCACAAUUGGAGGACCAGCUAAGGAAACUGGAAGUGCAAGCAACUGACAAGGAAGAAAAUAAACAGAUUGCUCUAGGUACUUCAAAGUUGAAUUACUUGGAUCCCAGGAUUAGUGUGGCAUGGUGUAAGAAGUGGGAUGUGCCUAUUGAAAAGAUCUACAAUAAAACACAAAGAGAAAAAUUUCUAUGGGCUAUAGAAAUGGCAGGACCAGAUUUUAGGUUUUGAAACUUUGUAGAUUUAUUAAAGAAAAACUGCCAGCACAACUUGUAAGUAUUUUUCAUCUCACUUUGUGUUUGUGGCAUCAAACAUUCUUUUAUCCAACAGUCUUGAUUGUUUGCCAACCAAUCUACAGUGUAACAUUUCUACAUGGCUGCACAAACAAACAGUUUGUCUUUUUUCUUGAAAACAAUUACAUGUGAGCAUUUUUCAAAAACAAGACAGCAUCAUGUAAUAUCCUACCUAUUCAUUAAACCUAAUACCCCAACAUUUCUUUAAAAGUAGAAAAUUGUUCUUUUACCAGUUUUAUACAAAAUAAAAUGGAAAGAAGGUUUGGUUUUUAUAAGUUAUAAGUAAAUUGCACAAUAACUUUUGCCACUAGGUGUUUUCGAUGUUUAUAAAUGCUGUAGUAGAAAUCUUCUGGUUCUGAAUUAGUGUAUUUUAAAGAUUUAUAAUAUGUUCAGUUUUUUUGUCAUUUUUGGCAAAAUUUGUUUUCUGUUGCUUGUAGUUACCGGUGUACGAAAUUUAUAUAGGAUUUAGUUUUUGUCAAAUUAAAAAAAUUAAUUACUGAAAUAAGUUUUGUUCAUAAAUCAUAUGUGAUCAUUUGCACAAAAUUAGACCAGUUUGAAUUUAUAUGAUGUUGUUUCUUUAAAUUAUUUCUUUUAACUUUAUGAAUGAAGAGUAUACUGUCAUUAAUUAUCAUUAAUUACCUUGUUUAUGAAGCUUUUCACAGUUUUUUUUUUGCAUCAGACUCAAACAUUUUACAUAAUGUGGUGUAGACUAUUUAAUUCUAAUCGAUGAUGUUCUGUUGAAAGAUCAAAAUGAGUAAGUAAAUUUUUGUACUUUCUUUCUGUCAAAAUACUACUCAAUUCUAAAAGUUGUAAUUUUCUGAAAUUGAAAGAUCUGUCUAUUAACAACUAGAUGUCACAAUGAGAAACAACAUUUGACAUUUUUUCUAAUGCGUAUAUACUAAAAUAAAUAAGUCUUUUAGAAUAAUUAGGUGUGUUAUAUUCAAAACUUAUAUGCAUAAAUAUAAGUUUGAAAACAAAUUUAGAAAUAAAACCUUGAAUAAAAUAUUUAUAUUUAUUUUACACCGUUUAUUACAAUUGCUUUUUGUAAUGUUGAAUCACUUUAUGAUUUCAAUUAUAUUAUGAAAAAUAUAUUUUAAGAGUUUCAGUGAGAAAUAAGUCAUUUCUUGAAAAUGAUUCACUGAUUUUUUGUAGUUUCAAGGGUCUGAUUAUUUAUGUAAACAGUAGUUAGGAAGUGUGCAUGUUUUUUUUGUUUGUAAGUGACUAAAUAGAUGAAAUUAAAUUGCCAUCUAAAAUGUAUAUAGCAUAUAAUUAAUAAUGGGGAUCAAAGUUUGUUUUGGUUGUCUAGCAUGUGAUUAUUAGUGAGGCUCACAGCCAAGUCUCAGAUAUGCAGUGUGUGAUAGAAUAUGCUGGAUUUCAGCUACAUAUAACAUGAUUAGCAUUGGAAACACAUUUACAAUGUGAAGAUAAUCAACAAAUGUGCAUUUAUGUCUAAGAUGCAAGUUGUGCAUAACAGUAGAUAUGAAGAAAGACCUCAAGCAUGUAGCUGAUGAUAAACCAGUAGACAUGAAGAUAAGUAAUGAGCACUUAGCUUAUAAUAAACAGAGAAUAUAUAGAUAAAACUCUAGGAUGUAACCUGAGUUUAGUAAUAUUAAUAAUCUUGAAGCUUACACGAUGCUCGAGCCUCCUACACCAAUAAUAUCAGACCACCAUAUAAUUAGUACUCACUCUGAAGCUAAGUCUCAGAUAAGUAGCAUGUAAUUAAUAAUGAAAGAUGUAAAGUUAAAGCUGUGUUUGAAAUAUGUGGUAGUUAAACCUGACUACUGUUGUUGUUGUUGUCUUAAAUUUUAUGUAAAUAUGUUACUGUAUACGAGUUGUAGCCAUGAAUGUAGAAGUUAGUAUUUAUCAGUGAUUACAAUAUACAAAAGUAUGUUCUAAAGAAAUAAGUUUUAACACCCGCGAAGCACUUGUUUUGAAUUUCAUAGUAACUUUAUUUAAAAUCUAUUUUAUUCAGCUCUGACAAUUAAUUUGUUUUUAAUAUUUUUUAAAUAUUGUACAAUAUUUUUCCAAUUAACCAUUUCAACAAGAUUUAUGCACAGUGUUUUUAAUUUUUAAUCAAAAACAUAAUAUAGAUAACUAAAAUCUGCAGCAACACAAAGAUUUAAAAUAAAGUGCAGUUCUUAAACUUAAAAACUGGAUAAUUGUGCUGCAUCAACAUUCCUACAGCCCAACUUCUUUUACCAUUAUAUCUACAUAUAUAUAUAUGUGUAUUCUUGCCAUUCACUAAGAAUACUUUGGUUCUUUAUGGGAUAAUUUAUUUAUCAAUUUUUCAAAUCAUAUUGUAUAUCAGGUACAGACAUGUAGGAAAUAAAUGAUUUUGUAACAUGCAGAGACCCCUAGUUUCUGUUUCAUUAAUGAGAAUUAAUUCAGUCUGUAUAAUUGUUGUACUACAGAAACUCAUCCACAAUCUAAAUAAAUCCUUUUGAUA